UGUAGCGUUGUCUCGAUAGCCACAGUGUAAGGAGAUUCAAGCCGUAAGCCACGUGACCACGAAGAGCUGCAGGGAUUGGCUGAGACAAUCUCUGACCUCAGCACGCGAACUCCGCCUCUCCUCGAAACUACCACCUCUCCCUGCCAAACACACACACACACAUACACACAACCCUCAGUCUCACUCCCAGCCUCUAUAUCUACUCUGCCCCUUUAAUUUUUUAUUUUGUAGCAGUUGGCUUUGCUUUACGCACUUCUCAGCAUCCUCCGCUGAAUGUGUAGGUUAGAGCUGCAGCACCAGCAUCCACGGCUUAAGCCCCCAGCUCUGAUCGGCAACUAGCCCAGCCCCUACCCCUUCUCUCUCUCUCUCUGUUUCUCUCUCUCUCUCUCUCUCUCUCUUAUAUAUAUAUAUUCCUGGGCUAGUUGACAGGCGACGUCUGGGGGUGUCGGAGGCUCACAGUUAGCUAGGGCGUUAGCCACAUGCAGACGGCAGCUCUGCCCAUCAUUUCUAUUCUAUCGCUCUGGUAACCCGGGCUUCUUGUCUUCCCCACGCCUCCUAUUUUGAUUUCAGGCUCUUUGGAGAUAGAGGAAUGCAAAUCUGCAACCAUGAUGGAAGGAUUGAAAAAACGUACCAGGAAGGCCUUUGGGAUACGGAAGAAAGAGAAGGACAAUGACUCCACGGGGUCCCCAGACAGAGACAGCGGUUCUCAGAAGAAGACCAACGGGGCCCCUAAUGGCUUCUAUGAAGAUAUCGACUGGGAAAGAUAUAACUCUCCUGAGGUGGAUGAUGAAGGCUACAGCGUUCGACCUGAUGAGGAGUCAGAAGAGGGAGCGCCUACCAUCAAGAAAGCCCACUUCUUUUCCUCUGAUGAGUCAGAAGGAGAGGAGGACCACAAGAAGAAGUUCAAAAUCAAGAUCAAGCCACUGCCGUCGGAUCGCGUGGCCUCGGUGCCCUCGGUGGACGAGCUCAAAGCCUCCAUAGGCAACAUCGCCCUGUCCCCGUCUCCGAUGAGACGUAGCCCGGGUUUGAAAAGGAACCCUUCCAAUGAGGAGAUUGCCAGACCGAGACGUGUCGUCCCUACUUUACCCACAGUGGCCCCCACACCAGCUCCAGCACUACCACCCCCCAGCACUCAGAAAACAGCAGCCUCUGAAGACCGCACAGACUUAUUUGGGCCUCCACUGGAAACCGCCUUUGGAGAACCAAAGACUGAAGUGGGUGUCUCUGAGUCUGAUCCUUGGGGGGCUCCUCUGUCAGAGCCUGAAUCCUCUUUGACAAGAUCUUUCCCCACAGGAACUCCACCUCCACUUCCCCCCAAGAACGUUGCAACUUCCCCCCCAUCGACUGGCUCUCCGUCUGCAGAUGGCACCGAUGAGGUAACAGAAGUUGACCGUUCCACCAGGAAGCCCUCAAUUGCUGACUUGGAUAACAUUUUUGGACCAGAAGAGCCUCCCCCUGCUGGCGAGGAGAAGGGUGACACGUGGGUCUGCUUCAGUGCUGAAUCUUCCAAGCAGCCACAACUACCAGAGGAAUCAACACCUCCCCUACCAGCCUCCCCGCCUCCACCUCAAUCUCCUGCCCCACCGUUACCUACAUUACCCCCUCCUUCAGAAGACCAUGCACCAGCGCUCCCUGAAUCACCUCCCCCAAAGGAAGAACCUCUGCCUACUCUCCCAACCUCCCCGUCUUCCUCAGAGGAGCCAACUGCCCCCCCUGCCCAUUCAUAUUCUCCUACCCCAGAAGUCCAAAGUCCUCUCUCACUUGCCACUUCUCCUCCCUAUGCACCUCCAAAAGAACUUGCCUCUCCUCCCGCUUCUUCACCCCCUCCAAUUGACUCCUCCUCCAGCGUCCCACUGGCCCCUGCUCCAAAAGCGAGCACCCCUCCCACCGAUGGACCAUCAAAAUGCUCCACCCCUCCGCCUCAUGUCCCGUCUAAGGAGGAGCAGCCCAAGAACUCAGACUUCACCCUAGCCAAAGAGGAUGGAAGUGAAACUGUCCCCUUGCCCAAAGAGGCCAGCCAGGCUAGCCGGAGUACACCUCCUCCACCUCCCCCCCCCACAUAUCGCGCAGUGGUGUCGUCACCGGGUCCCACAUCUGGAGCAGGUGGCUCAAAUAGUGGUUCCUCCUCGCCGGUGCGACCCGCCACUCCUUCUUCAGUCAACCCAACCCCACCACAGCCUCCUCCUCGCCCUCCUUCACGGCCCAAACUUCCUCCAGGGAAACCAGCUGCAGGAGAUGCAAAUCGUCCGUUCAGCCCGCCGGUCCACUCUGCCAGCCCCCCUCCCGUCGCCCCGUUGGCGCGGGCCGAGAGCACCUCCUCCGUCUCCUCCACCAACUCCCUGAGUGCCGCUACCACGCCCACCGUCAAUAAAGAGCUCUCCGUGUCCGUGUCAGAAGACGAUGCUUAUGUAGACAAACUGCCCACCUUUGAGAGACACUUUGAUACGUUUGCAGAAAAUGACCAGCCAUCCCUUGUAUGGUUUGACAGAGGGAAGUUUUAUUUAACCUUUGAAGGCUGCUCCAGAGGGCCCAGUCCUCUCACCAUGGGGGCUCAGGACACUCUUCCUGUGGCAGCCGCCUUCACCGAGACGGUCAACGCCUUCUUUAAAGGAGCUGACCCGAGCAAGUGUGUUGUGAAGGUCAUAGGUGAGAUGGUUUUGUCGUUUCCGGCGGGCAUCACGCGACACUUUGCCAAUAACCCGUCCCCCGCCGUGCUAACUUUCAGCAUAACCAACUACAGCCGACUGGAGCAUGUGCUGCCUAACCCCCAGCUCCUCUGCUGCGACGCCACCACGCAGGCCAAGGCCGACGCCAAGGACUUCUGGGUGAACAUGCCAAACCUGAUUUCCCAUUUAAAGAAGGUGUCCGAGCAGAAGCCUCAGGCGACCUACUACAACGUGGACAUGCUCAAGUAUCAGGUGUCAACGGAGGGGCACCAGUCGAUUCCCUUGAAUCUAGCGGUGAGCUGGAGGUGUGACCCCGCCAGCACUGACCUGAGGAUAGACUACAAGUACAACGGGAAGGCCAUGACGACGCCGAUGGCCCUCAACAACGUCCAGUUCCUCGUCCCGGUCAACGGAGGGGUUUCAAAACUACAGGCUGUUUUACCUCCUGCUGCAUGGAAUGCUGAGCAGCAACGAAUUCUAUGGAAAAUUCCUGAUAUCUCACAGAAAUCUGAAAAUGGAGGCGUGGGCUCGCUGUUGGCGCGCUUUCAGCUCACCGAAGGCCCCAGUAAACCGGCUGCCCUCGCACUGCAGUUCACCAGCGAGGGCAGCACCCUGUCGGGCUGCGACAUUGAACUGGCUGGGCCAGGAUAUCGCUUCUCCCUCAUCAAGAAGAGGUUCGCCGCAGGAAAAUACCUGGCCGACAACUAAUCCCUACUCCUGCAAACAGCACUGUACGAAAGCGUCUCAGCGGACUGGGGUUGACACAGAGGACACCACGACUUUCCAUUCAUUGUUUAACCUUUCCUGAAGCCCCCUGACAGGUCCGCAGCCUCGCCAGCAGUAUUGUAGAACUUGCAUAUAGCAUCGUGGAAACUGUUCUAGGUCAUGUGAUGAUGGUAUUUGUUUUCAUUUCAUAACAUCUGUAUUGCUGCAUAGAGACACCUGGGUUACUCCACCCUCUGAAAGCCUGUGCCUCCGUCCCAAUCCUCCUCCGCUCAGUGUGUGGUGGUGGUGGUGUUUUAAAGUUUCACUGCAGCUGCCUGACAUAAGACGGACAGGUGGAGUUCUAGGCCAGAUCUUGAAGUCCGGGUUGACCGGCUGCUUGUCGUCAAAAAAAUACCCAUUUCACCCCAAAACAACAUCUUGUGUGUUCAGACACUCACCUCGACCUCUGACACGAAGUCUGACUUCCCAAAGUAAAUUAAAAAGACACACUUAAAGCUAGUUUAAGUGGAAGCAUGGCUUAGGAUAAUGCUUUGUAAGCCCUACACGUUCAUUAGCAGAGACUGCAGUCCCAAGUGGCUCACUCUGAAGUUGGCCUUCUGUGUGUCUUUAGCCAUAAAUUAAAUUAAUUUACUGAUGCAUAUCGACCCACGCUGACACAGUUGUCUAAAGCUGCCGGUACUACAGGGUCCCACGACUUUUUAAUUUAAAUGCACUGAUCAGUCAAUCAAACUGUUAUUUUUAUUCCUCUGGAAUACACACGCAUGCAGAGAUUUUUACCUUGUUAGGCAGCUGCAAUGAUGGAUCAAUUUACUGGUUGAAGAGUAAAAUCACUGGUUUUCCUAUCGGAACAAAAGAAGUGUACAAAGUGUCAUUUUAAAUCAAUAAUAUAUAUCUUAAAGGGCGUUUGGUGUUUUCCUCGUAUUGUCAGAUAGCCUCUCUGUUGUUCCCAGGACAGCAGUGAUAGACUCCAGAGUACAUCACAGCAUUCUAUUUUUAUUUAUUGAUGACAAUGAUUUGUUGUAUAAAACGUGAUUCUGUGUACGAAUAAAAUUUAAAUGGUAUCACACAUCUCAGAACCACUAAAGGUAAAAAUGUUGGAAAUCUCUUUUGUUAUUGGUGAAGUUGGGUAACCUGUGUACAGUAAAAAAAGUAUAAUUUUUGAAUUCAUUUCAGAUAUAAUUUUUUUUAACUCGAGUGCAUCUGAAGAUUCCAGAUAUUUACGGGUGAUGGAGGUCAUUUAAAGAAAAAGAUAAAUAACUUCCAGGAUGUUGUGCUUAUGCUUUGUGAAAGCAGUGUUAAUGUAGAGUUCGUUAUACCAUGGGCAAGGGUCUCACUUUAAAGAGACUGUGGGACAUUUUGGGGAUUAUUGGUUUGCUUAUUUCAAGAGUUGAUGCCACUCAUAUUUGCCUGUUCAGUAUGAGGUUGGAGCCAGGAUUUUGUUCCCUUGGCACGAACACUGGAAACGGCUCGGGGCGCGUUUAUCAAGAUGCAACCUUCUUUUCUGGCUUUGGCGGUUCCUGCGCUGUUCCUGUAGCACAUCAAAUAUUCUGGACCAUGACUACCCGUGUGGUCGUUUCCAUCGGCCUCGUUUGCAGCGGUCAACCUGCUAAACUAAGGUGAUGUUACGUUGUUCCAGCUGUACAACAGCGCAUUUCAGAGGAGAAAGUUCGUAUUGAGCUUAAAGCGCUGCGGUUAGCGUGUCUUGUUUUGGACAAGGCGGGACGAACUGCUUUCCCCGGUGUCAGGUCUUCAUGCCGAGCUAAGCCGACCAUCUUGUUACUGCAGCUUUUCAUUUUACAGACCCCAACUGUUUAACUUCUCCUUUUUAAUAAGGUAAAGAUAAUUACAAAAGAAAUCAGUUUUCUUCAUGUCAUCAACUGGGAUGACAUCUGUGGUACCAGUACAGGGAAAGGUUUUCUUUACUGGGACCAGCACUUUUUAUUUUUCAAACCUCAUUAGAAACGCUUUUAUUAAUAAAUUCUAAUUUCCCACGUC